AUGACGUCCUUCAGCCAGUCCAGCACCGUUACGCCUGUCCCCCAGGACUCAGCAUGGCCCCCGGCCCAUAUCUGGGAGACCAUGAGCGCAGCGGACCGCGCCAGUUGGCUAGAACAGAUACAAAGGGACAGGACCAGGCGUCUUGAGAUGGAUGAAGCCGAAAUUGACCUCCGCCGCAGGAGGCCUCGUGUGGACCUGCGAGUCGACGAGGAUAAUCAGGAGGAGAACCGUGAGCCACCCCCUGAGGUAAAACCACUCAUCAACAUGUUCCCGGGUGUCUCUGCCGCCCUUCUUACCCGUGUCUUCAAGAGAAAGUUGAAGGCGACCGAACUCAUACGCUUCAAAGAAAGAUGA